AAUGAUGCUGGUGUUCUUAGAGCAAACAUAACCAGUAUGGUUAAGACGAGCGGCAAACCCAUCAUUGUGCAUUUUGAUGGCAAAAUUAUCAAAGAUUAUACGGGUAGCAUAGAUGAGACAAAAGACCGAAUUUGUGUGCUUAUAAGGCAUGACAAUCAGACCCAUCUGUUAAGCGCUCCAGGGUUGGAACACGCCAGUGGUGAGGCUCAGUUCACAGCAAUUCAAAAUCUAUUAGAUUCUUUUGAUCUAGGGCAGUUCAUCCAUGGAGUUUGUUUUGAUACCACUGCUUCAAACACUGGCUAUUUAAAAGGAGCUUGUGCAAGAUUAGCUAAUUUUCAUAGCCGACCAUUGCUUUUGUUAGCCUGCCGCCAUCAUGUAGGAGAGCUCCAUAUAAAACACUUUUGCAAUGAAGUUGCAGUAAACAAAUCUGUUGGACCAGAGAAUCAACUAUUUAAAUCUCUAAAGCAGAACUGGCAUGGUAUUGAUGCAAACAACGAGAAGAUGCUGUUGAAAUUUAAUCACCAGAAUGUUAAGGGUACCUGGCUGGAGACGCAGGCUCUAUUGGCGCUAAAAACUUGCAAGGACCUGAUAGAUAAAAACAAGUUAAGAAAUAGUCAGACUUUUGAGAAGCGCAAAGAUUAUUGUGAACUGGCAGAGCUUGUAGUUAUGUUCCUUGAAGAAGAUCAGACAGUUAGGUAUAAAAUUUACAAAACCGGAGCUAUUUCACACGCCAGGUUCAUGGCAAAGGCAUUGUACUAUAUGAAGUUCAAUUUGCUUCUCCCUAAGAUCAGACAGGUUCUUUUUCUGAGUGAUGAAAUUGUCAAAGAGAUCAACAGAAUGGCUGACUGCAUUUCUCUUUUCUGGGCAUCGUGGUUUUUGACCUGCAAGUUUUCUGAUUCUGCAGCUUUUGAAGAUCAACGAAACUAUUGGCAGAUGUGCCAUUACACUGCGUAUGAGCCUGCCGCAGAAGUGGUAUUAAAAUCAUGGCAAAACCAUAUGUGGUAUUUGGCUCCAUCAACCGUGGUGCUGGCGCUAGCAUGUUCUAAUAAAGAUCACUACAUCGAAAUGGAAAAGAUGGCAAAAGUUCUUUAUUCAACCCAACGGAGUGGCAUUAAAAAUGUAGGAACGGUUAGAACCAAAUCUAAAAUCCUUUCAGGUAGCAGUUUGUUGUUUAAUAUAGAUCAACCACCAGGUCUUGAAUCAUAUAUUUCGCCAGAUUCCUGGUUAAUUUUUGAUAUCCUAGGUCAUACUUCUGAAAAAUGUCUAUGGAUGAAACUCCCUCAGAUUUUUUGGAAAAAAUUUCCAGGAUACAAUGAGUUUCAAAGCUUUGUAAAAUCUGUCGAAGUUGUUAACGACUCAUCAGAACGUGCAGUAAAACUCAUUCAAGAUAAUGUAGAGCGUGCGAAGAGCGAGGAAAAACUUCAGAACCUUCUCCAAAUGAAAAACUCUUGGAAAAAGCCAUUUAAAAAGACGAAGAAUGGAUACAAGGAGUCAGUUACAACGCCUGCUCCCUCGCUACUGGCUGUGAGUUAAUUUAAAACCUUUCCAAUAUCUCU